GUGAGUGGCAGUGAAUGGACAACCUGACAUUUACAAACAGCAUUCUGCUGGUGGAGGGACUGAAAGUUACACCUCAGUCAUCUUAUCCUGUUUUUAUCCUGCUUCUCUUGACAUAUGCCUUUAUUAUGGUAUCUAAUAUUGGACUUAUAAUUCUUAUCUCAACGGAGAAGAACCUGCAUCACCCUAUGCAUUUCUUGUUCUGCAAUCUACCACUGAAUGAUAUGCUUGGGACCACUGUUAUUUUGCCACGCUUGCUGCGGGAUAUUUUUAGGGAAAGCUCAGAGCGAUAUAUUACAUACACGGAGUGUGUCAUUCAAGCAUAUUUUGUACACGUAUUUGCAGCAGCAUGCCACUAUGUGCUGAUGAUCAUGGCUUUUGACAGAUAUGUAGCUAUAUGUAAUCCAUUACGAUAUUCAGCUAUAAUGACAAAUAAAAAGGUGAUUAGAUUAUCGGCUUAUGCCUGGGGGGUGGCAAUAUUUGUUGUGACAGUCAUGUUAGGUCUCACUGUUCGUCUCUCUCGCUGCAGAUAUAAAAUUGAAAACCCUUUCUGUGACAAUGCCUCCCUGUUUAAACUGUCCUGUGAAGAUGUGUCUGUUAAUAAUGUGUUUGGACUUAUAUAUACUGUCAUUUUAUGCUGCGUGUCAAUAUUGUAUAUUUUUAUAACAUAUGUCAAGAUUGCUACUGUGUGUCUCACCAGAAAAAGCAAAGCACUCAACAGCAAAGCCAUAAAAACCUGCAGCACUCAUUUAGCUGUUUAUUUAAUCAUGUAUGUAUGUGGAGCCACUUUUAUUACUUUGCACCGUUUCAUUGAAUAUGCAGAAAAUAGGAAACUAGCUAGUAUAAUGUUUCACAUUGUACCACCAGGUUUAAAUCCUUUAGUAUAUGGUUUACAAACCAAAGAGAUAAGAGAAAAGAUUAUUAAACUAUGCCGAAGGAAAAGGAAAUAAUGAUUAUUUCUAAUUGUUAAUCUUUUCAAAUUAUUUUUUCAUAAAACAUGUAAAUGUCAAUAUUAUCUGAAUAUGUAUGAAUGUAUGCUUUUGUUAUUUAUAGAUGUUAAAUCAUUACAACUGGGAUAUAUUUAUAUCACAGAUUUUUACUGAAAAUAUCAUCCAAAUAUCUUUUAUCACAGUUGAUUCUGUUGAUUGUAAUUUAACCUAAUGUAAACAAAUCAGGCACCACCUGAAAAAGGUUAAAUGGUGUAGUCAUUAGUACAACAAAAUACUGAGAAAAACAAAACCAACAUGAGUACACAAAUUAAACAAGAACAAAUAAAGCAAGCUUAUGCCAUUUAAUUUGUGUGGUAUAUGGGAAGCAAAAAAAGAUGCACUUGCUAACAACUGGGUAACACUUUACUAUAAAAUUGUAUUAGUAAACAUUGUAAUGCAUUUUUUAACA